AGCCAGAAGACUCAGGCAAAAGCCCAGAGCCAGAUUUCCCCAAAUUCCUAAACAUCCUAGGCACAGAGAUCAUUGAGAAUGCAGUCGAGUUCAUCCUCCGCUCCAUGACCAGGAGCACGUAAGCAGUCCCCUAACCUGGAGGCCCAACUAUGACACAGUUAAUCAAUAACCAAGGAGACCUGUGAUGGAGCCCAGUAGGUGGGGCCUCGUGGCCAUCUGUUUAUAUGACCCUUCUAGCCCCAGGGUUCUGAAUAGAGGUGGUAAGUUCAGUGCAGUUUUCGACUGACCUCUGGAUACAGAACUUCAGCCAUGAAGAUAACAAGCAUCUUUCUUCUCACUGUCUUGGCCCUGUUGAGCUCAUCGGGCAACUGUAGACCUAACGUCGAAGGAAGAAAGCCUGUUUGUGUAGAUUUUGUUGGAUGCCACAAGAUUUAUGAUCCUGUCUGUGGAAGUGAUGGACAUACUUAUCCCAAUGAAUGUACUCUAUGUCAUGAUAAUAAGGAGCGCCGGUCUCCUGUCCUCAUUCAAAAAGAAGGAGCUUGCUAA